AUGGAUAUUUCAUAUAACAAUCUAUAUGGUUCAAUUCCUCAACAAGUAAUGAAUCUGAAAAAUCUGGUUGCUUUGAAUUUGAGCGGGAACAAGCUCACAGGGCAAAUUCCAUUGGGUUUUGGUCUUUUAACCAAUCUUACCCAGUUGCAAAUGAGAGCGAAUUGGUUCAAUAGUUUCAUCCCUGCAGAAAUUGGGAAUUUGAAGGCUCUUAUGGUUCUGGACCUGAGCCAUUGUGGAAUAAUUGGUCAAAUCCCUUCGACUUUUGGUCAAUUAGCUAGUCUCACAUUUCUAUCUCUUGCUGGAAACCAAAUUAAUGGAUCCAUCCCUCUAGAAAUUGGGAACUUAAAGGAUUUGGUGACUUUAGAUCUGUCAGAUAACAUGCUUGUUGGUCAGUUGAACACUUUGGGUAAUUUGACAAAAUUAGAAUAUCUAGACCUUCAUAAUAAUAAUCAAAUCAAUGGUUUGAUUCCAUCUGAAAUUAGGAAUCUCAGGGAGCUAAUCUACUUAGAUUUUAGCUUCAAUCGUUUAACUGGUCCAAUUCCCUCUUCUAUUGGUCAUUUGCUUAAAUUAGAAGAUUUAUACCUCAACUCCAAUAGAAUCACUGGUUCCAUCCCUUCAAACAUUGGAGACUUGAAAAAGUUGCGUGAUCUAAACCUUCAUUCAAAUUUUUUAGAAGGUCCCAUACCCAAGGAAAUUGGCAACUUAAAAGCAGUGAUCUCCUUAGACUUGUCUUCAAAUAACUUGACUGGACCAAUUCCAUUUCAAAUUGGAAAUUUGGGAUCACUCACUUUGUUGGACCUCUCUUAUAACCAGUUGAAUGGACCUAUUCCGCCUCAAAUUGGGAGCUUGUUGCGGGUUCUCAAAAACGAUGUUGAAGCUGUGGAGUUGGAUUGGAAGAAAAGGGUGAAUGUUGUCAAAAGCACAACUCAUGCUUUGUCUUACUUGCACUAUGAAUGCACACCAAUCAUAGUUCACCGAGACAUAUCAAGUAGCAACAUUUUGUUGAACUCUGACUUGGAGGCUUUUGUUUCUGAUUUUGGGACGGCUCGAAUCCUUGAUCCUGAUUCUUUAAAUCAAACAAGGCUUAUUGGCACUUAUGGCUAUGUUGCUCCAGAGCUUGCCUAUACAAGGGUUGUUACAGAAAAAUGUGAUGUUUAUAGCUUUGGAGUUUUGGCAUUGGAAACAUUGAGCUCCGAUCCCGGCGCCGGCAAGAUGACCAAAGCUGACGAUUUCUUCAAUCUUGAUCAAACGCCUACAGAUCUUAAGGUCAAGAUGGCUUCCAUGAACAUGGAAGGUGAAGCUCUGGUGUGGCAACAGAAUUUGGUUUUAUACACUGACCAUGGUGGCGAUCUGACUUGGGAGGACACUCACAACUUUCUGGAUGUUAAUGUUGCUAAGAAACUUGGCUGCAAAAUUAUCCAAGUUAAACCUAUGAAAGUAGAUGUGGCUAAUGGCAACAGUUUAGCUUGUUUCGCAGCUUGCAAAAAUUUAUCAUGGACUUUGCAAGGCUCUCUGUUUGUUACUGAUGUACUGCUCUUACCAUUGGGAAGUUGUGACAUGGUGCUUGGGGUACAAUGGUUGGAGACUUUGGGAGAUAUUAAUUGGAACUUUAAGGAACUACGGAUGGAAUUUACAGUUAAUGGUCGGAAAUUUGUGCUACGAGGUGGCAAUAUGGCUCAAAAGUUCAAAACAGUGGGGGCAAAAGCCAUGGACAAAGCCAUUUCUCAAGGUGGGGAAUGUUCCUUGGUUCACAUAAACUGUAUUCAGGUUCAAGGAAAAGCAGUUGUAGAGUUGAAUAAUAUCACAUUGCAAACUGAUGGAAUGGAACAGAUUCCUCCAACUAUACAGGAUCUAUUGGAAAAAGCUUUGAACAACAACAAAGUGAAGGAUAAGUACCCAAUACCAAUCAUUGAUGAACUUUUAGAUGAACUACAUGGUGCAGUUUGGUUUUCAAAAAUUGAUCUUAGGUCAAGGUAUCACCAGAUUCGAAUGUACCCUCUAGAUGUGCACAAAACAGCUUUCAAAACUCAUGAUGGGCACUACGAAUUUGUAGUCAUGCCUUUUGGUCUCACAAAUGCCCCUUUUACUUUUCAAGGCCUCAUGAAUGAUGUUUUCAGAACACAUCUCAGGAAGUUCAUCUUGGUCUUCUUUGAUGAUAUUUUAAUAUACAACAAAAACUUGGUCGAUCAUUUGGAACAUUUGCAGACCACUUUUGAGCUUUUGAGGCAGCACACAUUGUUUGCUAAAAGAAGCAAAUGCUCUUUUGCACAGCACAAAGUGGAAUACUUAGGACAUUUCAUCACUACAAAGGGGGUGGAAACUGACCCUAAGAAGAUAACAACUAUUAUUAAUUGGCCAACUCCCAAAAAUGUGACUGAGUUGAGGGGAUUUUUGGGCUUGACAGGGUAUUACAGAAGGUUUGUGCAGAAUUAUGGAGCUAUAUGCAGACCUUUACAUGAUUUGUUGAAAAAUGAUGGAUUUGAAUGGGGAGACUCUGCUUCCAAGGCUUUCCUCGAGCUUAAGCAAGCCAUGACAAAUCCACUUGUAUUAGCUCUACCAGAUUUCACCAAAGCGUUUGUGGUAGAAACUGAUGCAUCAGGCUUUGCUAUUGGUGCUGUACUCAUGCAGGUGUUGCAACGUCCGGGUCCGGGGUCUCCGAACCCUACCGUUUAA